ACGCGUUACACAAAAUUUUCCUAAAUAAACAAACAAAUAAAUAGGACCACAACACGGAAGCGACUUGUCUAGCCGCUUCCCUAUUGGCCAGACCUCGACUCACGUGACGCUACGCGAAGCGUACGCCUCACUUCCGCCAGGCGGCGGAUCCCUCGGGCUCGGAGCUUCGGAGACCCGCUCCGUGCCAUGGCGUCGUCCCAGGGUCGGCGGAGAAGGCCGGGAACAGUGGUGCCCGGGGAAGCGGCGGAGACCGACUCGGAGCUGUCUGCAUCAUCGUCCGAGGAGGAGCUAUACCUGGGUCCCUCGGGCCCGACACGCGGCCGCCCCACCGGGCUGCGGGUGGCCGGGGAGGCGGCGGAGACCGACUCCGAGCCUGAGCCCGAGCCCACGGUCGCGCCGGGAGACCUGCCCCCCCUCGUGGUGCAACGGGAUGCAGUGGAGGCGUGGGGCACCGAGGAGACCCCUGCCUUAGCGCCUGCGCGCUCGCUGCUGCAGCUCAGGUUGGCUGAGAGCCAGACGCGCCUGGACCACGACGUAGCGGCUGCGGUGAGCGGCGUGUACCGCCGUGCGGGUCGCGAUGUGGCCGCCCUGGCCGGGAGGCUGGCAGCUGCACAGGCCAUCGGGCUGGCGGCCGCCCACAGCGUGCGCCUGGCGCGCGGAGACCUCUGCGCGCUUGCGGAGCGCUUGGAUAUCGUGGCUGGUUGUCGCCUGCUGCCGGACAUACGAGGGGUGCCGGGCAUCGAGCCCGAGCAGGACCCGGGACCGAGAGCCUAGGCUGUUACUCUGUGUCCCCCCACCUGACUCUGCCUCUUGGUGGACAUUAGUACCACCUGUGGCAUCUGACUCUGUCUUUGUUCCUGGAUCUCCGAGGCCUCCAAUGCGUACUAACGUUUGGUUAACGCCGACCGAAGCAUCUUGGUUGGUUUGGCCCGAUUAAAUUCUUAGCACAAUUCUGGGAAUCCCCAACCCAAGACUCGGCCCAGGUUCUGUGGCUAUCAAGUGGCUUAGCCCCCACCCCUUCAUUUUGGUCCUAUUUCCUAAAUUGAGCUUCACUCCUA